AUGAAUUAAAAUAGAGAAUGUUAACAUCAUAAAAAGGUUACAGAAUUAUUUUGUGAAACUUGUAAAGAUCUUGUUUGUAAUGAUUGCGUUAGUUAUGGACCACAUUAAACAAAGAAUCAUAAAAUAAUUAGUUUUAAAGAUGCAUACACAAUAAGAUAAACAUACAUCAAAGAUAGAAUUGAAAGUGCUAUGAAAAAUAAAAAGGAGAUAUUAUUAGAUUAAUUAGAUAAGAUUGAAACUAGAAUGAAGUAUAUAACAGAAGUAAAGGCUACUAUUGUAAAGGAUGUACAUAUGGAAUUUGAGGGAGGUAUUUUAAAGAGAUUAAAUGAUUAAUCUGGAACAUUGACAGCUGUAUUAUAGAAAGAUAUUACAUGGUUAUAAAAACACUUAAAUUCAAUUGAUGAUUUUAUACAUACAUUUGAAUAUUUAGCUUUAGAUUAGAAUGUGUUACCAUUAUUAUUUAUGUCUAAAACCUUAAGUUAAUAAACUAUGAAGUUACUCAGUAUCAUUAUUAAAAGUAUUAUUAAUAAUAUAAUUUUGAUAGCUGAAAUAACUUCACAUCCUAGUGAUCUCUCUAGAGAAUUGUUUAAUCUUAGAACCAAAAUUAAAAACUCUGAAAUACUAUAAUAAUAAAUUGAAUUUAAAAAACAAGUUAUUUGUAAAUGUCGUCAAGAAAAGAUAUCAUCAUUAUAAAAAAUUAAAGAAGAAUUCUUUAUUAAAAUUGAGGAUGAAAUCUAUGAUUGGGUAAGAUUACUUAAAAAGGUUGUAAAUACUUUAGAUAGUUUAUGUAUGAUAUGUACAUUUUGUGGAUGUUUUAUUGAUGUAGUAAAUGAAUAAUGUGCACUUAACAUUAAACCCUAUGAAGAAAUUUAAUUAGAUUGUAUAUAUAAAACAUAUUCAAAUUUAAGUUAUUGGAUUCACAAACGAAUUACCUAAAAUGAAAGUCUUUGGAACUUGUUAACAUUUCUUUGGCUAUCCAAAAGAUGAAUAUUUAAUUUUGAGAAAGGAUAAAUACGCUAAUUUUGGUGAUUAUUAGGAAUAACGAAGAGCUGCAAAAGAAGUUUAUUUCAAAGUUUUUAGAUCUUUAUGUAGAUGAAUAUUAAUAUACUUAGGGUUUUCUAUUAUAGAUUUAAAAGCUAGAAGAUAUUUAAAAUAAUUAGACUUAUAAGCUAUUUUCAAAAAAUAUGAUCCAGACAAUAGAGGUUGGUUAUCUAUAGUUAAAUUUAAAUAUCUUAUGCAUUAAGAAUUAGGUAUGUCAGUUUAAGAAGUUGAAAGGCUUGUUAUCUAUUUUAGAGAUGAAAAAGAGGAUAAAGUAAUUAAUAAACUAUUUUAGGUUAAUUAUGAAUAUUUUCUUGGAAUUGAUUGGUAUUUAGAAGAAUUAUAGAGAUUAGAAGAACAAGUCAAAGCAGAAUCAGUUAAAUAUGCUAAAUUAUAUAAUCGAAAAAUUAGAGUAAAGACUACAUCACCUUAACCAAAAUAAGAAACUAAAUUUAUAGAAAAAUCAUAAUAAUAAUCUACUAUUUAUAGUAGUUUUACUCGUUUCUCUUAAGCUAUUGAAAAAUAACCUGUGCCAUAACCUGUUUAAUAUGAAUAACCGAGAUUUGGAUUUAUAGAAAGAGAUAAUUUUAAUACUUAAGUAAUUAAUAGACAAUUACCUAAUAAAAAUAAUAUAGAAUUUACAGCAGAAUCUAGUUUAAAAAAUAAAUAAAAAUCAUCUUCUUUAUAACCUAAAAGAGUUUAAUUUGAAGAAAAAUAAACAUAUCAAAGAUUUAAAGAAUCAACAUAAGUAAGCGGAAAUUAUGCUUCUAAAUAUUAUUGA